AUGACUGACACCCGGCGGAGGGUGAAGGUUUACACGCUAAAUGAGGACCGCCAGUGGGACGAUCGAGGCACGGGGCAUGUGUCCUCUUGCUACGUGGAGAGGCUGAAGGGCAUGUCCCUGCUAGUCAGGGCAGAGAGUGAUGGCUCUCUUCUUUUGGAGUCCAAAAUUAACCCGAACACUGCAUACCAGAAACAACAGGAUACCUUGAUUGUAUGGUCUGAGGCUGAAAAUUAUGAUUUGGCACUUAGCUUUCAAGAAAAAGCAGGCUGUGAUGAAAUAUGGGAAAAAAUAUGUCAGGUUCAAGGCAAAGACCCUUCUGUUGAUAUUACUCAGGACCUUGUCGAUGAAUCUGAAGAAGAACGUUUUGAUGAUAUGUCAUCACCAGGUCUGGAGUUGCCAUCUUGUGAAUUAAGUCGACUAGAAGAAAUUGCGGAACUUGUGGCAUCUUCGCUGCCUUCGCCAUUGCGGCGCGAGAAACUCGCACUAGCGCUGGAAAACGAGGGCUAUAUUAAGAAGCUCUUAGAAAUUUUUCAUGUGUGUGAAGACUUGGAGAAUGUUGAAGGACUGCACCACUUAUAUGAAAUUAUCAAGGGAAUUUUCCUUUUGAACAGAACUGCACUUUUUGAGGUCAUGUUUUCUGAGGAAUGUAUAAUGGACGUAAUUGGAUGCCUAGAAUAUGAUCCGUCUUUAUCGCAGUCACGGAAGCACAGGGAAUUUCUGACUAAAACAGCAAAGUUUAAAGAGGUGAUUCCUAUAUCUGAUCCAGAGCUGAAGCAAAAAAUACAUCAGACAUACAGAGUACAGUAUAUUCAAGAUAUGGUCCUACCUACUCCCUCAGUUUUUGAGGAAAAUAUGCUAUCAACACUUCAUUCUUUCAUCUUUUUCAAUAAAGUGGAAAUAGUUGGUAUGUUACAG